AACUUUCAGAGGUAGCUGCCUUCGUAAUAAUACACGCAGCUCCAAGAUUUGAACCCAGAAGAGAGAUCAUUAAUGGGAGGCCACCAUUCCAAGGAACAUAAGAAAACACAGCUUUCACUCUCUGAACCAAAACCAGCUAUGGAAACCACCACCCAGACCCAGACCCCUAAUUCCACUACUGAACCAGCAGGACCAGCAUGGUCAGCUCUCGUUGGAGAGAACAACUGGGCCGGCCUCCUGGACCCGCUGGACGUCCACCUCCGAACCCUGAUCCUCCGCUGCGGCGACUUCUGCCAGGGCACCUACGACGCCUUCAACAACGACGCCAACUCCAAGUACGCCGGGUCCAGCCGCUACGGCCACGCCAACUUCUUCGACAAAGUCAUGCUCCAAGACGCCGCCAACUACGAGAUCGCCUCCUUCCUCUACGCCACCGCACAAGUCAGCGUCCCGGAGGCCUUCCUCCUCCACUCCCUGUCCCGCGAGUCGUGGGACCGCGAGUCUAACUGGAUCGGCUACGUCGCCGUCACCACCGACCAGUACAGCAAGUCCAUCGGCCGCCGCGAAAUCUACGUCGCCUGGCGCGGCACCACCCGCAACUACGAGUGGGUCAAUGUGCUUGGCGCCGAGCUCGUAUCGGCCGAGCAGCUGCUCAAACCGGAGAACAACAACACAGUAAACAAGGAUCUAACACAAACCGGCGCUGAGGUUAGUAGCAGUGACGAGGAGGAGGAAGACGACAAGAUACCGAAAGUGAUGAGGGGCUGGCUGUCCAUGUACACUUCCGACGACUCGAAGUCGGCCUUCACCAAACUAAGCGCCAGAGAUCAGCUGGUCACCAAAAUCAACGAGCUGAGGGAGAAGUACAAAGGCGAGAAGCUGAGCAUAGCCUUGACCGGGCACAGCCUCGGCGCUAGCCUCGCCGUCGUCAGCGGUUUCGACCUGGUGGAGAACGGAGUGACUGACAUUCCGGUGGCGGCUUUCGUGUUCGGGUGUCCGCAAGUCGGCAAUAAAGCCUUCAAGACAAGGAUAAGUACGCACCCGAAUCUGAGGAUCAUGCACAUAAAGAACACGAUCGAUAUGAUUCCGCACUACCCGGGGAGGCUGCUGGGGUACCGGAACAUAGGGACUGACGUGGUGAUCGACACGAGGAAGUCGCCGUAUUUGAAGGACUCGAAGGACCCGGGGGACUGGCACAACUUGCAGGCGAUGCUGCAUGUGGUGGCGGGGUGGAACGGGGAGGAGGGUGAGUUUGAGCUCAAGGUGAAGAGGAGUGUGGCUUUGGUGAACAAGUCGUGUGAUUUUCUCAAGACGGAGUGUUCGGUGCCGGCGUUGUGGUGGGUGGAGAAGAACAAAGGGAUGGUGAGGGAUGAGAAUGGGGAGUGGGUUCUGGCGCCACCGGCGGAUGAGGACCUUCCGGUUCCGGAAUAUUGACCGGUGGGCCAGUCAAUGUCGGAGAAUAUGUAUUGAAAAUGUGUUGAUAAGCCAGUCAAUGGUGGCCAGACACAGAAGCAAGUAUAGACUAUCGCCAUCCUUUGUGAAUUUAAUUAAUUAAUUGGCUGCUUCUAGUUGUGUUGAACUGUUUAUGUAUUUUCUCUACUUUGUUCGUCCACGAGCAUUUGUGCUUUACCAAUAAUGUGUUCAGAUUCAUCCAGUAAAUUAAUUAUGUGAGUGUAUCAAUUUACUCUUUAGGCCUAAAAAAAGUAACUUCAUGGUAGAUUGCUCUAGGA